AUGGCGGACAUGGUUGACACAAGCAAGCCCGAGCAAGAGGCUGGAAAGCCCAUGGCUGUUCAAGACAAGUCAGAGCCAGAUGUCGUCGUAGUCGACAGUGAUAGCGAUGCAGAGGUUGAACCUCAAGGCACAGUUGCCCAACUUUCUCAAGCCAAAUCUCCCAAAAAAGAGAUUCCCAACUCCGAGGCAGAGACAGACGGCAGUGUCAGUGGCAAGGAGAGCGAAAACGCUGACGAUAAUACCACAAAAGACGCCGAAAUGGAACCAAAUCCUUCCGACACGGCGGCAACUCACGACUACCUUGAUGACGACGACAACAAUGAUCUCACACCCCCUCCCGAGAGCCCUACCCCGCCCCCGAGUCACUUCGAGGACACAGUCAGCCAUUCCUCUGAGCCGCCUGUCGGCGCUGAGGAUGAGAUAGUGGUCAACAACGCACGCGCCGUCGAGUCGCCCGCACCAGCUGACCAGGAAGAUGUCGAGAUGGCGGACAGUGAGGAGAAGCCGCGCAGGUUGGUCGUGCUCAGCUCUAAGCGAAAGCGAGCAGGCACCGGCGAGAACGUUCGUGACAACAUCUCAGAAUCCCCGACGGCCGAGGAGUGGAAGCCACGCAAACCUCGUAGUGGACCCAAGAAGACGCACGGAGUCGGCAAUGUCAAAAGUGUCAAGCUCGGUUACUGGAGGGAUUCGAUCGCGGAGGACAAGAGGGAUGCUCACUCCGUCAUAGGCUUCAUCGACGUCCGAGACAGGUUGCGUACCAAGAUCGAAACUGUGUCCAGGGACGGCCGUAGCCUCAUUCAUCGGUAUCCGCUCCCACCUGGCCCUGGCGGUAGCUGGGUUACUUUUGACAAGAUUGUUUUCGAUCCUCACCUGGUCAACCUCGACCACUUCCAGGUCAAGGAGUACGUCAAGGUUCGGUACGAGCAGAUGCAGAGCAACCACCCGGAUGUCAACUCACAAGAGGCGAUGCUUGAAGCUGUCCAGCAGGCCAUAGCCAGAGUGACCGCCAACCCACCACCCGAAACCAACGCCUUACCCGCUAUCGCGUACGGCCCUGAUAUUCCAGAGCAUGCCCUCACGAGGCCUGAGCCCAAGAGACGCAAGGUUGUUAGUGCUGCACCUGUCGAGGACGUUCUCGCCGCCGUCGACUUGAGUGGUCGCCCGUCGCGAGUCGUGGUCGGCACUUGGAAACACUCCAGUGAAGCCCAUCGGAAGGAUCGGCACGCCGUCCAGGGUGUUUUAGCUCAGAACGAGAAUUUCCGGUGCAAGAUUGUCAACCAAAACCCUGACGGUAAGGAGGUCGGUGGAAACUUUCCGCUUGGCGCCGGUCAGAUCUGGUGCCAGUGGGAGGAUGUUGACUUCCUCGAUCACCUGAAGGGCAUGAGCAGGCCUCAGAUCAAGGAGUACGUACGCGUCCGCCAGCGCAUGAUGGAUAUAGGCGAGCUUCCGGAGGACAGGGACAAGAACGACCAGCUGGCAGUGGAAGAGGCCCUCAGGCGUUACGCCCAGGGCUUGUCGAAGGAUGAGCCCAUGACCAUUGACCUUGACUCUUCGCCCGCUUUGCCCAUGAGAGGUACCCGCCAGCAGCAGCAGCAGGAGCGGGCCACAAACGGCAACAUGAAUGGUGGCUACGAAGAGAUGGAGGACAUCUCAAGACCCGCCAGUGUCCCGCCGCCUCAACACCACGAGAACAACUUCCGCCCCAUCCGCCAGAGCACCCGCGCCCCCCGCCACUCCCUCCCGGAUGUGCAGCUCCGUGCCGCUAAUCGUGGCCCUCAGACGCAAACCGUCGUCGACCGUCUGGAACGCACCAACAGCAUCGCCCAGCGCGAGAUCGCCCGCGUCGAAGCCAGCCAGAUGCGCGCCGACCAACGCGCCGCCAACCGCGGCUUCCACACCCCAGCCAUCCAGCCGUAUCCCAUGCACCCUCCACCCCCCUCAUCCCAUUCACAACAUCAACAACAUCAUCAGCAGCAGCAGCAUCUUCCCCCCUACGGCGGCGGCGGUAGACCCUCCUCACGCGCAGCUUCCGCAGUUCCCUCCCGCAACGGCACCCCUACUACCUCUUAUCCCCCCGGCGGCGGCGGCCACCAUCAAGGUCACCAGAAGAACCCUCAACAAGGUCCCAACGGCAGCAGCACAUACGGAUCAGGAUCAUCGGACCGCAAAUCCUUGUUUGACGAUAACAUUCAGCGCCUGAACCGGGUCUGGGCCGCGCAGGAGGCCAACAGGAUCAAGUUCUCGCAGGCGGCGGGCGAGACGGUGCCGGGCAUCAAUGAUGCCAAGAUUUAUGCGGGGAUCAAGUAUGAGCGCAAAUCGUCGGGUCCGUUUGAGGGCAAGUUGGUGUCCCAGGGGACGAUUAUUAAUAUUGAUGGGGAGGAUUAUGUGGAGUAUCGGGUUUUGACGAAGCCGAGCUUUUUUUAA